CUGUAGCGACGGCUCGUCUUAUAUCGCCUCGCCAAGGUUAGAAAUCCUUGAUUGGAAGCACGCGAAGAACCAGACCCUGCGAACCAAAAUAGCCACCGUUUACCCAUUCAGCCGAGUUUCAGCCUCCGAUCUCCCCCUCCAAAAGACAUGAAUGACAAUUGAUCCGGGCGGUUGAUAAUCGACCACAGUGGGACUGAAACGUUUUUUUUUUUUUUUUUAAUCUCUUCGGGGAGUGCUUUCUAUUCAGCGCCACAACAAGAUUCAUAGAAGAGCCGAUACUAGUCGUCUUCUGGGUACUUCAUGGAAACGCGCAAUCCUAAAAAAUGGUUGCAUUUGCAGGUGAUCGUCCGUGAACGUGGUCGUUUUCUGCCUCUCACCACCACGGCAUCGGUGCGUCAGAAAAGACAUCUGAGCUAGCCGGACUUCGGGCUGGGUGUGCAGCAGCAGGCAGCAGCAGGCUUCAUAACCGUCUGCUGUAGAGAGAGGAGAGAGGAGAAGGUGACUCGCGACCCCCGUUCGCAAAUCCAGCAUCGAUGCGCUCACUUCUGCGCGCUGAGGCUUGUCUGCGUCUUGGACCGCCACAGUAGAACCCCGAUCGACGGGAGCGCAGGAGGCACCUGACGGAACACCAACACGCGUGUAUUUGAACCUCGAUCGCUGUAGUAGUGGUGGUGGGACCUGCAUCGAUCGUCAAACGUAGAAGAGCCGUGGUGCUGCGUGGAGAAAAACGGGAGUCGAGGAGAGGGGAAGGAAGCGUGUUGAAGGAAGGAAGGGGCUGAGAUUUCGACAUCAGGCAAGGCGUUCUGCGUUAGAGCUGUUUUAUUAGUGGAUGUGUAUGCAUGAGUUCUGCACCGAAUGGGCGCAAAAACCGCCCCAGAUCUGCCGGGAACAUUUUCCAGAUCGGCAAGCCCGCUGCUCACCGCGAGCCGGAGAGGCGGGAGAGCACCGAGAGCAGCCGCAGAGCCCAACGCGCCGUGGCCGACUGCAGGAUGAUCGUCCAAGAAUUCAACACUCUCGUGGCUCUGUAUCGUGAGCUUGUCAUUUCCAUCGGUGAAAUAACAGUGGAUUGUCCCGCCUUACGGGCCGACAUGCUCAAGACCCGAAAUAAAGGCUGCGAAAUGGCGAGAGCAGCGCACCAGAGUCUCUCCCUGAUCUCGGGGCCAGAGGACGGGGAGAUUCACCCAGAGAUCUGCAGGCUCUUUAUACAGCUGCAGUGCUGCUUGGAGAUGUACAUCACAGAGAUGCUCAAGUCUGUCUGUCUGCUGGGCUCCCUGCAGCUCCACAGGAAAGGUAAAGACUCCGGUGGAGCGGCCAGGCUUGAAAGCAAGACAGACGAGAGCUCCGACAUCCCCAUACUGGAAGACACCUCCUCCUCUCCCAACGACUGCCCUCAGCUCUGCUGGCUGGUGGCCACCGACAUUGAGAACAUAGAAAGAGAUAUGAGAGAAAUGAAAAACCUUCUCAGUAAUCUCAGGGAGACUAUGCCUUUACCACUGAAGAAUCAAGAUGACAGCAGCCUGCUGAACCUGACUCCCUACCCAUUGGUCCGACAGAGGAAGAGGCGGUUCUUUGGGCUCUGUUGCCUGGUAACCAGCUAAAGGGCCCCACCUUCCUGGGAGGGAGGAGGUGACAAAGACACCAUUACCCAACGUCCUUCACCACUUGUGUCUCCCGCCAAUCUAUUACUGCCAUUUUCAAAUAUAAUGUCUCCUUCUCUUUUUUUCAAAGGCUGGCCAUUUUAUAAUUUAAUUUUGUAAUACAAAGAUGAAUUGUAAUUGCAAUGUAAUGGCAACAAUAGUCACAUUAUGCACAUUAUGUUAUGUGCAUAUUUAUUUGCAUAGAUAUUUUGCAAAAGAUUUUCCCUUUUUUGGUAAAAUGGAGUCAGAAUCAUUCGAAUCAACGUCAAUGUUCAAUAACUUUCUCAAAAAAAAAAUACUGCAGUGAGCGGGUGAACAUGAGGAUUCAUGUGUAAAAGGAAGAAACGUGUUUGUUUAUGUCAGAAACAAUGUAAUAACUUAAUAAUAAUAUUAUUAAUAAUAAUAAUAAUAAUAAUAAUAAUAAUAGACUCCAUCCAAAUAUUUACGGAUGGCACUUGAAAAGACAACGUCACAACUUUCACUGUCUGCGUCCGUCUCCGGCAGCAGGCAGAGAGAGUUGGUUGUGUGUGUUAACGUCUCUUGUUUUCUGUUCCUUGCUGUUCUCUCCUUAAUGUACUUCACUUAUUUUAGUCUUCCAUGAACCAAAAAAACCUGUACUUAACUUUUUUUCUUUCCAGCUUCAAAGAGGAAUAUACGAUACAAUACUCAGAAAAAAAAAGAACUUCUUUGCACACAAUAUCUUAUCUAUAAACUGAGAUGUUAGUCUUAUAUGUAUAUACACAUUACUCUCUACGCAAUGCGCUCAGAAUUAUUUUCAAAGCGGAGGUCCGUUUGCGGUCAUUUCCGGUGGCUCCCUACAUGAGCAGGGUAGCGUCUCCUGUGAUCUGACGCCAUCAGUGCAGACAUAGGGCGGACAGCAUGGGUCUGGCUCAUCUAUGGUAGUGGUCUGUGUUUAGGGCAUGGUGAAGGCACUGUAGUAAGAGCUGAUACAGGCUGUAAG